AUGCAUGAGGGCAUGAAGCUGGACAGGGAGGGGAAGCAGCUUCAUUACGGCUUGUUGAGGACAAUCCGCGAUCAGCGCAUCCUGGGAGAGGAGAUUAUUAAGAAGCUUCAGCGGCGCGGCAAGGUCAGCCCCUACACGCUGCGCGUCAAUCGGGCUCUGGCUACGCACAUCACCAAGGAGGAUGAAGGCCAGCAGCACAGUCCCUCCUUGAGAGCCCUGGGUGUGACAGUGGCCGAAUCUGAAGGAUGCGCACAUGUGCUCGUGGAUGGCGAUGCUUUCUUUGAAAUGUUGCAAGAGGAGCGCACAGUAAUCAGGGAGGCCAAGGAGGACAUUGAGAAGUGGCAGAAGGAUACCAUGGAACCCCCAGAGGAGCUGCUCAAGACCAAGGUGAUGGCUGGAGGUGCCAAGCAUGGAGGUGGAACGAAAGAUUCUGCUGAGAUCAAGGACCUGGGUGUUCUGGUGGAUUCACUGGAGCCACCCAAAGACAUCCAGGCCAGCAUGGAGGCUGUACGUGCCCUGAAGAGGGAGCUUCAGGCGUUCCGUGGCGGCUUCACAGGAGGGCCUCUCAGCCUCCGCACAUUCAUGGAGAAGCAGGACAAGCUGCGGGCGCUGGAAGAACAGGUCACGAAGAGGCUGCUGCAGCAGACCAAGGUGCUGAGGGCAAUAAUGGCGUGCACCGCAGGAGGAACCUAUGAGGACUGA